GCUCUGUUUCAGUAAACUGUUCUAUUCCCUGUACAGACAAAUGUGGCUCCUAUAAGAUCUCUUGAACGUGAUGAUUAAGCCCACGGCAUCAUCUGCUUUCCCCACCCUCGCCAGCUCGUCCCUCCCUACUGCGAAGCCCUGGCCGUCUGUCCCAUUAAAGCUACUGGAAGCGAUUUCAGCACCGGGACAGAUCCUGCACUGUCUAAUGGCAACAUGGCGACAGAGUUUCACAACCUCCAGGAGCUACGCCGAAGUGCUUCACUGGCCACUAAAGUCUUUAUCCAGAGGGACUACAGUGAGGGAACCAUCUGCCAAUUCCAGACCAAGUUCCCUGCCGAACUAGACAGUAGGAUUGAGCGGACGUUCUUCGAAGAGACGGUAAAGACGCUGAACAGCUACUAUGCUGAAGCUGAGAAGAUCGGAGGCCAAUCAUACCUGGAGGGCUGUCUAGCCUGUGCCACUGCCUACAUCAUCUUCCUGUGCAUGGAGACCCGUUACGAGAAGGUGCUGAAGAAGAUCUCCAGGUACAUCCAGGAGCAGAAUGAGAAAAUUUACGCCCCCCGAGGUCUCCUCAUCACAGAUCCUAUUGAGAGGGGAAUGAGGGUUAUCGAGAUCUCCAUAUUCGAGGACCGCGGCUCCAGCGGCUCCAGCGGCUCCAGCAGCAGUUCCACGUCCAGCAGCAGCGGUCGGUGACUGGAGGAGCAGCACCAGGGUUUCUCUCCUGGCUACCCUAAAAACUCCUCAGACUUUGCGCAUUUCUAAAGGUUAGUUGCCCAUUUGGCCUCUUCCAGCACCCUUCCAAACCGUACACCCUGUCAGUAGCACUCGCUCAAGGCCUCCAGUGCUUGAUGCCUUCAUGUUUCAUUCCUGUGGAUACCCAUCCUGGGGCUGACCAAUGGAUUCUGAACUGCCACUAAGCCAUUGUAUAUUGUACAUGAGCACUCUAUCGCAUGAAAAUCUUCCUGUACAGUAGUGGGUGUACUGUAACAGAGUGGGAACCCCAUAGUGCUAUUCUGUAAUAUCUACUGUACUUUGUUUACAUACAUCCUGGUAUUUGGGGUGGGGAUUACAAAAGUAGGGUGGGGAAGAAGAGGGACCAGCGAAAUCGAUCUCAAAGGGGGGAACAAAAGGAGGAAGCAGAAAUCGUAGAAUAGGACCAAAGAGGGCCAGCAGCAGUGGCAUUACAUCACAGGAUAUUCUGUCACUGUGGCAAGGAAACCCAAUUUUAAAGAAAGUAAGAAUAAGGUCAGGGCAAGGAGUUAAUAGUAUGCAAUGCAUGGAACAGUGUCAGUGCAAGGCAAGGUAUUAUAUAAUACUGUAUAAAUAGGGACUAGUUAUGCCAUUAGAAAGUAGAAGUUCACGUUUUCUUAGAGUGCAGAAAACAAAUCUGGCCUAAUGAAAAUUGUUAGGGAGAAAUAGCAAGCAUUGAUCAGGAUGAAAGUUCGUAGGCAGUGAGGGAUGGAAAUGCAGUGUUUUAAAGUGCAAAUUAAAUCACCUGGAUGUGGAAUAGUGAGAUAUCAGGGAUGGACAGGGCUGUGCAAUAGGCAAUGUGGGGAGGGUAUCCCCUGACCUUUCUUUUAUGAUCCACAUUAACAUACAUUUUGUAUUUCUAAUGCAAAUAUAUACUGUAGAUGUAGCGACCCGUAAUUUAAAGGGAAUCAAGCAAGUCUUCCUGCAUAUGAAAGAGUAGAGAAAUGAGGUGAACCUCACCUUUUACAUCACAUUAAAAUCUUCAAAACAUCCAUUGGGAUUUACUUCUGCUAUAUGAAACAGAAUAUUGUCAACAGAAAUUGUGAAGUUCCCCAAUUAGUCGGAAAUGCAUGUUUUUUUAAACAUAAUUUUGUAAAGGGUAUUACUUUCAGGGAGUCUACUUACUGUAAAAACUAAGCAUUUUUUUCUAUGUAUGUGUGUCUUCUGCAAGGCAGAUAAAGUUAAUGUUUGUAUUACAAUGAAAUAUGACUUUUCAUCUUAUUCUGUUGAAUGGUCAAUACAAAUAAGAAGAAACUUAAACCUGUUUGGCCUCCUAUCUAUACUACAUUGGAGAGAGAAUGCAUUGACAUUCAUAACAUCAUUGUUUGAUUACACAACUAGGGCUUUAUUUCAUGUCCAAAGAAGGUUGAGAUGUCAUUUAAAGGAUAAAAUCACGAGCCAAGAGUUUUAGAUGCUGAGUUUCAUCUUUAAUUGUUAUUCUCCACCAUGGUUGUUUGUUCAGCGUUUUUGCUGAAUCUGGAGGCAACAGCUCAUUUUUUUAGUUUUAUGAAACAAUAAACAAAAUUGUUUGUGAUGGGACUCCUUCUUUUUCACUCCAGUGCAUCAAAUUAGAAUAUGAGCAAGGGGUUCUAAUGCUCACAUAUUUUGUGAGAAAUUCUUAUCUUAAAAGUACUGUAACUUUGUAAUGAAUAAACACAACAAAAUUCAGGGCUCCCAUUCAGGUACUGUACACACAGGUUUUGAUGAGACACCUUUUACUAGUUUAGUGUAGUAAAAUAACUUGGCUAAAUACACCCCAGCGAUCAGUGGUGAAUUAUUUAGAGGGUUAAAGCCUUUCAGCACCCACCACCAGAUUGGAGAUGAUACCACAAGGUUUUUGUAUCCUUAUGUUCAGAUGGAUUACUUCAAGGGAUGGAGUAAAAACUAAAUAUUUUAUAUGGAUUUCCCUGAACAACACAGUGCAGAAACUGGAUGAGCAUAAUUUCAACUUUUCAGGCACCUUACCCUUUUGAAAUUUUCAACUUGGUUACAGAAUGUUCCAUGGUUUCUGUAUAAUGCAAAUUCUUAUCACUGCUUUCCAUUGUAUUUUACAUCUUUCUAAUACAGUAUAUCCCAUCUUAUACUAUUCUGAUAUUUGAAUUCACAUUUGAAUCAGUUCAUGACUGUUGAUAGAACACAGUUGUAAAUACUGGCUCCUAGGAAGCAUCUUGAGAAUUAAGACUGUGAACCUCUUCUUUUUACAACAGUGUUCCAUGUUUCCUUGAAAGUAUGGUGAUUCAUCUAUGAUCAGUUAAUAUGGAUAUGUGACCCAGGAUAUUUGAAUCAAAAUAUCAAAGAAUUCAUAUGAUUUCAAGAUGUACAUACAGUACAACACAAUGGACAGCAAUGGUAAAUAGAUGAUCAGAACCAAGGGAUUUUCUGUGUUGUCAUUUUAAGCCUACUAAUCUAGAUCCUAUGUUAAUCAACUCCGAUUUUUGAAAAAUAAACUAUAUGAAAAUGUAAAAUCUAGCAGUGGAUCAUAGUGUCAAAUAAGGAUAACACCAUCACCACCACAGUAACUGCAAACCAUCAUAAAUUAUGUAGGUCCUAGUUGGAGCCCAAUGAGGUAUCACAACAUCAGAAUUGUUUGUAAUUCUAGACCAUCACUAAUGAUUGUCUAGAAGUGAAUCUGUAAACAUCUGUAAACAGCAAAACCCUUAAAGUGUACAGAUCCUUAGUAAAAAACACGUUGGUUUUGUGUAGAAUGCUGUGUUAUGACUUCAAUCUGAAUGUAAUGUUACCAGUAUAAUGAAACAUUGAUCAAAUUGGAUUGUGAUGCAGUCUCAACGCCUUAUACUGUACAAUGACAUUUAUAAUUGCUAUGCAUCUGUAACUGACAUGAGCAUGUUGUGAAAUAAAUUGCCUUUUGUUUUCUUUUUUAAA